ACAGAGAUAGACUGGUCAACUUAUGUACAACAAGUCCAGUGCUUCCUCAACGGCACUCUCGACUAUAAUGCCAUCAAAGGAGAUACGGGUCCUAUUGUCUACCCGGCCGGACAUCUCUACAUCUAUACAAUACUCUAUUACCUGACAAAUAGAGGCACUAAUAUAUUGUGCGCUCAAUAUAUAUUUGCUUUCAUAUAUUUGAUUACAUUAUUAGCUGUCUUCAGAGUAUAUCAUAAAAUGGAUUCAAAAAUAGACUGGUCAACUUAUGUACAACAGGUCCAGUGCUUCCUCAACGGCACUCUCGACUAUAAUGCCAUCAAAGGAGAUACGGGUCCUAUUGUCUACCCGGCCGGACAUCUCUACAUCUAUACAAUACUCUAUUACCUGACAAAUAGAGGCACUAAUAUAUUGUGCGCUCAAUAUAUAUUUGCUUUCAUAUAUUUGAUUACAUUAUUAGCUGUCUUCAGAAUAUAUCAUAAAAUGGAUUCAAAAUUACCUCCGUUUGCAUUUGUGGUGAUGUGUUGCACAUCCUAUCGAAUCCAUUCCAUAUAUAUUCUUCGGCUGUUUAACGACACAAUAGCGAUGGCUCUCCUCUACAUUGCGAUCAACUUUUUCAUUGACCGCAAAUGGACUGUCGGCUCAGUAUUCUAUAGUAUUGCCGUAUCAGUCAAAAUGAAUGUACUGCUGUUCGCACCGGCACUUCUACUCCUGCUGUUAGAGACUAAUCACAUUCGCAAUACUAUUAUCAAUCUUAGUGUCUGUGCUCUUAUUCAGUUAGCACUGGGCCUACCAUUUCUGUUAAGUUACCCGAAGGCUUAUAUAUUAAACUCAUUUAAUUUUGGUCGAGUGUUUCUACACAAGUGGACAGUGAACUGGCGGUUUGUAACUAAUGAAGUGUUUGUUAGUCAAUACUUCCACAUAACUCUAUUAGCACUUCAUUUGUUAAUACUAUUGCUAUUCUUUAAGAAGAGGUACUUUAAGUGGCAUAAGUGGCUUCCAGUCGUGAAACAGACGUCUAUUGCUUUAUCUAAUGAUCAAAUUCUGUUGACUUUAUUUACGGCAAACUUUAUAGGAAUAGCAUUCUCGCGUUCACUCCAUUACCAGUUCUAUGUGUGGUAUUUCCAUUCCCUACCAUUCCUUUUGUGGACUACAAGCUAUUCUCCAAAGACUAAGCUGUGCAUUCUGGGACUCAUUGAAUUGUCUUGGAAUACAUAUCCCAGUACUCAACUCAGUAGUGGACUCUUACAUGUCGUUCAUCUGAUUAUUUUGAUUGGUUUGUGGAAAAACACACCAAUU